AUGGACAUAGUCUUUGAUCGUUUCGUGGUCGGUCGAAAUAUCAAAAUACUGGCCACGCAAGUUCAUUUCCAUCGACUGGAACACAUCAAUAAAUUCGUCACAGUCAAAAGUACACGUGAAUCCGCGUAUGUUUUGGCUGUAACUUCAGCCGGAAUCUCACAUGCGGUCACAAAAGCCUGUAGUUCGGGGAUGCAUGACAGCUGCGGUUGCGACCGAACCAUCUACGAUCAUGAACGCCAACCAAACUUCGAGUGGUCGGGGUGUUCGGACAACAUACACUUUGGAGCUGCAUUUUCCAGAAAAUUUCUAGACUCGCGAGAAAAAAGUCGUGUUCUCAGAAACCCGAAGCUUGGACUUACGAACCUACACAAUAACCAUGUUGGUCGACAAGCUGUCGUCAACAAGAUGGACAUUAAAUGCAAAUGCCACGGAGUAAGCGGCUCCUGUGAAAUGCGGACGUGCUGGCGCGCCCUCCCCGAUUUUCGUUCGGUUGGAAGCCAACUGCGGGAACUCUUCCAAGAUGCAGUACUGGUUGAAUAUGUUAACAACCGCCUGGUUCCCAAGUCAGCCCUCUAUAGGCUGGCGCCAGUUCACAUCGGAAACGGCUAUUCACGAUCAAUGGCAUCGGAGUCUACAUCAAUCACUAAUCUCCCCAUGCCAAAAGAGAAUGAGCUCAUAUUCACCACACGGUCUCCUUCAUAUUGCCAUCACGAUCCACGUUUUGGAAGCAUCGGGACCUAUGGUCGACGGUGCAGUGUGGAUUCUAAGGGGCCGGAUAACUGCAACUUUCUUUGCUGUGGUCGGGAUUUCCGAAGGGAAGUGUUUUUGCAGCAAGAGAAAUGCAAGUGCAAGUUCCAUUGGUGUUGCGAGGUGCGAUGCGAAACCUGCGAGAAGACGGUUGUAGUUUCAACAUGCAACUGA